AUGGACGAGACCCUCCCUCUAUCCUGCCCUAACACUCCUGAGUCUACCCAGUUUGCGGAGGAUGACACAGAUUCUGCCACGUCUAUGAGUACAAUUGACUUGCCAUGCCAUCAAGAUGCACUUUACACCAAACUUCCAAAGCGAAGGACAUCCCUGGAGAAUGACAGUCCUGUGACACCUUUGCCCAAAAGAGUGAGGACAAUAUGCGGUGCUGCAGAGCCUGUUAGUCCUCCCAGGGCACCUCUACGAGGUGUUGCGAACGUUUCACCGCGUUUCUCUCCCCCAAUGCUUCUGCCAAGUCCGCUUCUUGACAACACGCCACGACGGGCGAUACGGCUGUUCGAACCUGAGACGCCUCGACGAAAUGCUGUUGCGCGUCUAGUCCCGCUUCUAUGGAGACAGCACUGCCCGCGGGACAGUGACAAGUUCUACGAUGAACUCGCCUAUUGGUACCAUCAAUUUCGGCUUCAGAUGUGGUCCCCAGUGGCAUCCAUGAUGGGUAUAAGCUGGGAAGAGGCAGAAGAACUUGGAUGGCGAAUGGGCAAAACUGAGAUCGACCAACGGGCAGCCAGAUCGUCCCAUGCUUCGCGUACGGACUGGGGAAACAAUGUGGCUCCAAAGAUAUAG